AUGGGAUGGGUAUCACCAGUGUGGUCAGGCUUUAACUACGAUGAUCGUGUUGUUGGUUUCAUCAAAGGAUAUCGCCGUGUUUUUUACCAAGGCAGCACCGACCAUAGAGGGACACCAGAGUAUCCAGGAAGGACCGUGACUUUAGAACCUGCUGAUGGGGAAGUCUGUUGGGGAGUUGCGUAUAAGAUUUCCAAGAAAGAAGAUCAAGAAGUUGCUCUAACGUAUUUAGAAGUAAGAGAGAAACAGUAUGACGAGAAGGCUUAUCUUGAUUUUUUCACUGAUCCUGCAGCUACAACUCCAGCGGUUUCAGGAGUAAUUGUAUAUAUAGGAUCUCCGGACACGAGACGUAAUCAAAACUACUUGGGGCCUGCACCUCUCGAAGAGAUAGCCAAACAAAUUAUUCGUGCUGAAGGCCCCUCUGGACCCAACAGAGACUACCUUUUCCAACUUGAAUCUGCUCUUCUCCAAAUUGGAUGUAAAGACAAGCAUGUAAUUGAUCUUGCAAAUGAAGCGAGGCGCUUGCUUCCAGAGAUGGGGCUGACUGAUUCCUGA